AUCAAACUUCUUGAAGUGGAAUACCAAAUCGUAUCCCAAGAAAUAAAAACGAGCACGGUCUCUGCAGUGAUUUUCAAGAAUCAAAACCGAACGCUCGAUAGUGUUGUGGCAAAGGUGAAUCAAAAGCUCGGUGGCGUAAAUUAUAAACUCAUGCCAUCAGUUCUUGGUUGGGGUGCAAACUGUACUGCUAACCCGCAACAGUUCAUUGGCGAAUACGUCUAUGUUGAACCUCGUCAAAAUGAUAUCGUAUGCGAUAUUAUCAAAAAACACCGUAUGGCAACCUCUAUCACUGCUCGACAUAUCAUCAUCUACUUUUCCGGUAUUCCGGAAAGAGAAUUCAGUAUGACUCGCUUGAUGUUUUGUGGUUCAAGAUACGAACCAGAUGUCACAGCUCUAGCAGUGUCAAGGGACCAUAACGAGCGCAUAUACAGAUCGAGGAUUUCUGGUAAACAUGCAGUUGAGCAGAACAUACGUGGUGGUACAGUUAUUGAUACAAAAAUUGUGUCACCAGUCAUAAACGAAUUUUAUCUCAACGCGCACUCCGCGUUUCAGGGAACUGCAAAAACCCCCAAGUACUCGCUUGUCGCAGAUAAUUCGCAGAUACCGCUUGACGCUAUCGAAGGGUUGACCUAUGGUCUCUGUUACUUGCAUGCAAUUGUCAGUUCAACAGUAGCAAUUCCAGUACCACUAGUUGUUGCUGAUCGCUUCUCUUCAAACUUAUACGAUGUCCUGUUUAACGCUGUAGGUAAUAAUGAAUCAGAAGCCAUCGAUAACUAA